UUUAGCUAGAGUCUAAAAUCGUAGCUGUCUUCAUAGGGUCUGUGCUCCUCUGAUCCACAUACCCUAACCUGGUGGAGCACAGGACUCACCUCCUCAGGGUUCCCUGUGCCACCUUCAUUCAGCCAUGGCCCCAGGUGAACAGAGUAUCUGCCAAGCACGGGCUUCCGUGAUGGUCUAUGAUGACACCAGUAAGAAAUGGGUACCAAUCAAGCCUGGCCAGCAGGGAUUCAGCCGGAUCAACAUUUACCACAACACUGCCAGCAACACCUUCAGAGUUGUUGGGGUCAAGCUACAAGAUCAGCAGGUUGUGAUCAAUUAUUCAAUCGUGAAAGGGCUGAAGUACAAUCAGGCAACACCCACCUUCCAUCAGUGGCGAGAUGCCCGUCAGGUCUAUGGCUUAAACUUUGCAAGUAAGGAAGAGGCAACCACUUUCUCCAAUGCGAUGCUCUUUGCCCUGAACAUCAUGAAUUCCCAAGAAGGAGGCCCCUCCACACAGCGUCAGGUGCAGAAUGGCCCCUCUCCUGAGGAGAUGGACAUCCAGAGAAGACAAGUGAUGGAGCAGCAGCAGCACCGCCAGGAGUCUCUGGAGAGAAGAAUCUCUGCCACAGGGCCCAUCCUCCCACCUGGGCAUCCUUCAUCGGCAGCCAGCGCCACCCUCUCCUGUAGUGGACCUCCACCCCCACCUCCGCCCCCAGUUCCACCUCCACCCACAGGGGCUACACCCCCGCCCCCACCUCCUCUGCCAGCUGGAGGAGCCCAGGGGGCCAACCAUGAUGAGAGCUCUGCAUCAGGACUAGCUGCUGCUCUGGCAGGAGCCAAGCUGAGGAGAGUGCAGCGGCCAGAAGAUGCAUCUGGAGGCUCCAGUCCUAGUGGGACUUCAAAGUCCGAUGCCAACCGGGCAAGCAGCGGGGGAGGUGGAGGAGGCCUCAUGGAAGAGAUGAACAAACUGCUGGCCAAGAGGAGAAAAGCAGCCUCCCAGACAGACAAGCCCGCUGACAGAAAGGAAGAUGAGAGCCAAACGGAAGAUCCUAGCACCUCCCCAUCCCCAGGGACCCGAGCCACCAGCCAGCCACCUAAUUCCUCAGAGGCUGGUCGAAAACCCUGGGAACGGAGCAAUUCAGUGGAGAAACCUGUGUCCUCAUUGCUGUCCAGAACCCCGUCUGUGGCUAAGAGCCCCGAAGCUAAGAGUCCCCUUCAGUCGCAGCCUCACUCUAGGGUGAAGCCUGCCGGGAGUGUAAAUGAUGUAGGCCUGGAUGCCUUAGAUUUGGACCGGAUGAAACAGGAAAUCCUGGAGGAGGUGGUUCGAGAGCUCCACAAGGUAAAGGAGGAGAUCAUUGAUGCUAUCAGGCAGGAGCUAAGUGGGAUCAGCACCACGUAAGAUGGCGCCAGCCUUGGAGGAUCGCGAGGAGCCGUGCUGGCCCCAGCACACAGCGAGCCUGCAGAAGCGUGGAUGUACUUAAGUCUCAACCUGUGAUACAAUAUUAAAAUGAGGAAACAAACUUCAACUCCUGGAUUUUUAGCGUAUCUGACACAGAACACCGGGUCUAUUCUUUUUUGUAUUUUAUAUUUGCUUAUUUAAGUGUACAUUUCUUUGGUUUAUAGAGAGAACACCCCAAAAUCACCUGCUUUAUUAGAUGGCUUCCAAGUUUUCUCCUAGGUGACACUGUUAGCUCCACGGCCAGCAGUGAGCAGCUGGGUAGUGUGGCCUUUCCACGCCACAGAGCUGUCAGGAUGCAGCUCAGCCCCAGCAGCCAUGGUGUUUCCAGUCUGUCCACGCAGUGCGUGUUAUGUCCACUCGAUAAUAAACCGUUCACUGUCCACACUCA